AUGAAGCCUCGAGCGCUGCUCCCGCGGCUGCUGCUGGCCGUGUGCGCGGCCACUGCGCUUCCCCCGGCCGCGGGGGACGCCACCCUGGCUUUCGUCUUCGACGUCACUGGCUCCAUGUGGGACGACCUGAUGCAGGUGAUCGAUGGCGCCUCGCGCAUUUUGGAGCGCAGUCUGAGCAGCCGCGGCCAGGCCAUCGCCAACUACGUGCUGGUGCCCUUCCACGACCCAGACAUCGGCCCCGUGACCCUCACUGCAGACCCAGCCGUGUUCCAGAGGGAGCUGAGAGAACUCUACGUGCAGGGAGGUGGCGACUGCCCGGAGAUGAGCGUGGGGGCCAUCAAGGCUGCGGUGGAGGUCGCCAACCCCGGCUCCUUCAUCUACGUCUUCUCGGACGCCCGCGCCAAGGACCAUCACAAGAAGGAGGAGUUGUUGCGGCUCCUGCAGCUUAAGCAGUCGCAGGUGGUGUUCGUGCUGACGGGGGACUGUGGUGACCGCACCCAUCCUGGCUACCUGGCCUACGAGGAGAUUGCUGCCACCAGCUCUGGGCAGGUGUUCCACCUGGACAAGCAGCAAGUGACCGAGGUGCUGAAGUGGGUGGAGUCAGCAAUUCAGGCCUCCAAGGUGCACCUGCUGUCCACGGACCAUGAGGAGGAGGGCGAGCACACGUGGAGACUCCCCUUUGACCCCAGCCUGAAGGAGGUCACCGUCUCGUUGAGCGGGCCAGGGCCACAGAUUGAAGUUCGGGACCCGCUGGGGAGGAUCUUGCAGAAGGAUGAAGGCCUCAACGUCCUCCUCAACAUCCCCGACUCGGCCAAGGUCGUGGCUUUUAAGCCUGAGCAUCCCGGGCUGUGGUCCAUCAAGAUCUACAGCAGCGGCCGCCACUCGGUGAGAAUCACGGGCGUCAGCAACAUCGACUUCCGAGCCGGCUUCUCCACGCAGCCCUCCCUGGACCUGAACCACACCAUCGAGUGGCCCUUGCAAGGAGUGCCCAUCUCCCUGGUGAUCAACGCCACGGGCCUGCAGGCCCCUGGCCGCCUCGACUCGGUGGAGCUCUCCCAUAGCUCAGGGCGGCCCCUCCUCACGCUGCCUACACAGCCCCUUGCCAACGGAUCCACCCAUCAGCUGUGGGGGGGGCCACCCUUCCACACCCCUUCGGAGCGCUUCUACCUCAAGGUGAAGGGCGAGGACCACGAGGGAAACCCCCUCCUCCGUGUCUCUGGAGUUUCCUACAGUGGGGUGGCCCCAGGCGCCCCCCUGGUCAGCAUGCCGCCCCGGAUCCAUGGCUACCUGCAGCAGCCCCUGCUGGUCUCCUGCUCCGUGCACAGCGCCCUCCCCUUCCGGCUCCAGCUGCGGCGGGACGGAGCCAGGCUGGGCGAGGAGCGGCACUUUGUGGAGUCGGGAAACAGCAGCUGGGAGAUCCCACGGGCCUCCAAGGCCGAGGAGGGGACGUACGAGUGCACAGCCGUGAGCAGGGCUGGGACCGGCCGAGCGAAGGCCCAGAUCGUGGUCACAGACCCCCCGCCACAGCUGGUCCCUGCCCCCAACGUGACCGUGUCCCCCGGGGAGACCGCCAUCCUCUCCUGCCGCGUCCUCGGAGAGGCUCCCUACAACCUGACGUGGGUUCAUGACUGGCGAGUCCUGCCAGCCUCCACCGGCCGGGUCACCCAGCUGGCCGACCUGUCCCUGGAGGUCGGCGGUGUCAUCCCCAGCGACAGCGGGCGGUACCAGUGCAUGGCCAGCAACGCCAAUGGGGUCUCAAGGGCUUCCGUCUGGCUCCUGGUGAGAGAGGCCCCGCAGGUCAGCAUCCACACCAGGUCUCAGCACUUGCCCCAGGGCGUGGAGGUGAAGGUCAGCUGCUCGGCCUCGGGGUACCCCACGCCCCACAUCUCCUGGAGCCGCGAGGGCCACGCCCUGCAAGAGGGCAGCAGAAUCCAGGUGGACGCCCAGGGCACGCUGAUCAUUCAGGGCCUAGCCCCCGAGGAUGCUGGGAACUACAGCUGCCAGGCCACGAAUGAGGCUGGGACGGAUGAGGAGACGGUCACCCUCUACUACACAGACCCCCCGUCCGUGUCAGCCGUCAGCGCCGUGGUACUUGCAGCCGUUGGGGAGGAGGCCGUGCUGGGGUGCAAGGCAUCGGGGGUCCCCCCACCCCGGGUCAUCUGGUAUCGAGGGGGUCUUGAGAUGAUUCUGGCUCCUGAGGGCUCCACGUCGGGGACGCUGCGGAUCCCAGCGGCUCGCGAGAGGGAUGCUGGGGUCUACACCUGUCGAGCCGUCAACGAGCUGGGUGACGCCACCGCAGAAAUCCAGCUGGAGGUCGGACAUGCACCUCGGCUGACAGAGCUGCCCCGGAACGUCGCUGUGGAGCUGGGCACCAGCGCCUUCCUGGCCUGCCGGGCCACCGGCCGCCCACCCCCGAAGGUCACCUGGCGCCGGGCAGACGGCCAGCCGCUGGGGCCCCGGCGGGGCAGCAGGACCCGGCAGCCCUCGGGUGUGCUGUUCCUGGAGAGUGUAGGCCCUGACGACCAGGCCCUGUACCUCUGUGAAGCUCAGAAUGUCUUUGGGAAGGUCCAGGCCGAAGCCCAGCUCACUGUCACAGGACACGUAGCCCCGGAGAUCGCCAGCAGUGCGUCCACGGUCCGCGUCCUGGAGGGGCAGCCCGUGUCCCUGUCCUGUAUCAUCCUGGCAGGGAGACCCCUCCCAGAGAGGCACUGGCUCAAGGACGGCCAGCCCCUCCCACCUGGCCGCCGGCCCUCUGUCCGGGCGGACGGCAGCCUCCACCUGGACCGUGUGCUGCAGGAGGACGCGGGCAGCUACAGCUGCGUGGUCACCAACACGGCUGGCUCUCGGCACCGGGACGUGAUGCUGGUGGUCCAGGUGCCGCCCAGGAUCCACCCCACGGCCACGCACCAUGUCACCAACGAGGGGGUGCCGGCCUCCCUCCCCUGCAUGGCCUCCGGAGUCCCCACCCCCACCAUCACCUGGACCAAGGAAACCAAGGCUCUGACCUCGAGGGGCGCCCACUACAACGUGAGCAAGGACGGCACCCUGGUCAUUGCCCAGCCGUCAGCCCGGGAUGCAGGGGCCUACGUCUGCACGGCCACUAACGCUGUGGGCUUCUCCAGCCAGGAGAUGCGGCUGUCUGUCAACACCAAGCCCAGGGUUCAUGGGAACGGGUCCCUCGACACCGACGCGCCUCUGAGGGUCGUGGUGAAGGCUGGAGAAGAGGUGACCCUGGACUGCGAGGCCCGGGGCUCCCCACCCCCACUGGUCACCUGGACAAAGGACUCCCAUCCCGUGCUGCCCGGCGCUGACAGGCUUGGCCUCCUCCCCUCGGGCUCCCUGCGUCUGGCCCAGGCCCAGGCAGGUGACAGUGGCCACUACGAGUGCACGGCAAGUAACCCGGCAGGGUCUGCCUCCCGACGCUACAUCCUCAGGGUGCAAGUGCCCCCUCAGGUGCAGCCGGGCCCUCGGGUCCUGAAAGUGCUGGCAGGAGAAGCCCUGGACCUGAACUGUGUGGCCGAGGGCCAGCCAGAGCCCCAGCUGAGCUGGUCCAAGGACGGAGCGGCCCUGCGGGGCAGGGGGCCCGAGGGCUCUAUCCAGUUCACUGCUGUGGAGACUUCAGACGCCGGGCGGUACCGCUGUGAGGCCUCCAACAGCGCUGGGGUGGAUGCGUGGGAGCUGGAGCUCAGGGUGCUGGAGCCGCCAUACUGGGGGGCAGAGGAGACGCGCGACCUGCUGGAGCGAGUGGCGGGGGAGAACGCCAGCCUGCCGUGCCCGGCCAGAGGGACGCCCCAGCCACAGGUCACAUGGCGCAAGGGGCCAUCCUCGGAGCCCCUGGGCGGCCAGCCGGGCGUGGAGGUGCUGGCUGAGGGCUCUCUGUUCCUGGCCUCAGUCUCACCCAGCGACAGUGGUGACUACGAGUGCCAGGCUACCAACGAGGCGGGCUCUGCAUCCAGGAGAGCCAAGCUGAUGGUCUAUGUGCCCCCCAGCAUCCGUGAGGAUGGGCGCAAGGCCAACGUGUCGGGCAUGGCCGGGCAGUCUCUGACGCUGGAAUGCGACGCCAACGGCUCUCCAGCCCCCGAGAUGGUGUGGCUCAAGGAUGGGCAGCUGAUCCCAGAGGAGGGCAGCCACCGCCUCCACUUCCCCAGGAUCCGAGAGGCCGACUCUGGCCUCUACUCCUGCAGGGCAGAGAACCAGGCUGGGACCGCCCAGAGGGACUUCCGUCUCCAUGUACUCGUCCCUCCUUCUGUGCUUGGAGCUGGGGCCGCCCAGGAGGUGCUGGGCCUGGCCGGCACAGAUGUGGAGCUGGAGUGUCGAACCUCGGGGGUCCCCAUGCCCCAGGUGGAGUGGACCAAGGACGGGCAGCCUGUGCCCCCCGGAGACCCUCGUGUCCAGCCGCAGGAUGACGGCCAGGUCCUCAGGAUCACCAGCAGCCACCUGGGUGACGAGGGACACUACCAGUGCGUGGCCUUCAGCCCAGCCGGCCAGCAGACCAAGGACUUCCGGCUCAGAGUCCAGUCACCCCCCACCAUCCGGGGCUCCAACGAGACCGGCCAGGUGGCUGUCAUGGAGGGCCACCCGGCGCAGCUGCUGUGCGAGGCCCGGGGAGCGCCCGCCCCUGCCAUCGCCUGGUUCAGGGACGGGGCCCUGCUCCCACCCAGCGCCAAGGCGCUCUACGCCAGGGGCGGGCGGCAGCUGCAGCUGAGGAGCGCCCAGGCCGCGGAUGCGGGGCUGUACACCUGCCAGGCCAGCAACGCCGGCGGCGUCACGGAGAAGGCCACCCGGCUGCAGGUGUACGUGCCCCCAACCAUCGAAGGUGCCGCCGGAGGGCCGUACGUGGUGAAGGCUGUGGCCGGGAGGCCCCUGGCGCUGGAGUGUGUGGCUGGAGGCCACCCACCCCCCAGUCUCUCCUGGCACCACGAGGGGCUGCCCGUGGCCGAGAGCAACGGGACGUGGCUGGAGCCGGGUGGCGUGGCGCUGCGGCUGGAGAGCCCGGGGGAGGCGUCUGGAGGCCUGUACAGCUGUGUGGCCAGCAGCCCUGCGGGCGAGGCCGUGCUGCAGUACUCUGUGGAGGUGCAGGUGCCCCCUCAGCUCCUGGUGGCCGAAGGCUUGGGCCAGGUGACCACCGUCGUGGGACAGCCCCUAGACCUUCUCUGCCAGGCCUCGGGCUCCCCGAUGCCCACCGUCCAGUGGCUGCAGAAUGGCCGCCCCGCCCAGGAGCUGCCUGGGGUGCAGGUGGCCUCGCUGGGGAGCACGCUGCGCAUCGACCACGUGGAGCUGGGCCACGCCGGCCUCUUCGCCUGCCAGGCCACGAACGAGGCGGGCACUGCUGGGGCUGAGGUGGAGGUGUCUGUACAUGAGCUCCCAUCAGUCGACGUCAUCGGAGGUGAGAACAUCACAGCCCCCUUCCUGCAGCCUGUGAGCCUCCAGUGCGUGGGGGCGGGCGUGCCUGCCCCAAGCCUCCGCUGGUGGAAGGAUGGGGUGGCCCUGGCGACCUCAGGAGGGAGCCUGCAGAUUGAGAAAGUGGACUUGAGGGACGAAGGCGUCUACACCUGUGUUGCCACCAACCUGGCUGGGGAGAGCAAGAGGGAUGUGGUGCUGAAGGUGUUGGUGCCCCCCAACAUUGAGCCAGGCCCAGUUAACAAGGCAGUGCUGGAGAACGCCUCGGUGACCUUGGAGUGUCUGGCUUCGGGCGUGCCCCCGCCUGACGUCUCCUGGUUCAAGGGCCGCCAGCCUAUCUCUGCCUGGCCGGGAGUGACGGUGUCAGCUGAUGGGCGAGUUCUCCGCAUUGAGCAAACCCGGCUUUCUGAUGCCGGGAGCUACCGCUGUGUGGCAUCCAAUGUGGCAGGCAGCACAGAGCUGCAGUUUGGCCUGCGCGUCAACGUGCCUCCGCGAAUCACCCUGCCGCCCAGCCUGCCAGGCCCCGUGCUGCUCAACACCCCCGUGCGGCUGACCUGUGACGCCACCGGUGCCCCCAGCCCCACACUGAUGUGGUUGAAGGAUGGAAACCCUGUAUCCGCUGCAGGGACCCCCGGCCUCCAGGUCUUCCCAGGGGGCCGAGUCCUCACCUUGGCCAGCGCCCGGGCCUCUGACUCUGGCAGCUACUCCUGCGUGGCUGUGAGCGCCGUGGGCGAGGACCGCCGAGAUGUCACACUACAAGUCCAUGUGCCCCCGAGCAUCCUGGGAGAAGAGCUGAACGUGUCGGUCGUGGCUGGCGAGUCGGUAGCCCUGGCGUGCCGGAGCCACGCCGUGCCCCUACCCGUGCUGAGCUGGUGGAAAGAUGGGCGGCCCCUGGCGCUGCGACCCGGCAUCCGCCUCCUGGAGGACCAGGCCUUGCUGGAGGUGGAUGCAGCGCAGGUGGGGGACGCAGGCCGCUACACCUGUGAGGCUCUGAACCAGGCAGGCCGCUCGGAGAAGCACUUCAACCUGAACGUCUGGGUGGCUCCUGUGUUCCCCUCCCGCGAGCCGCUGACCCUGACCGUGAGCGAGGGGCACCCCGCCAGGCUGUCCUGCGAGUGUCGGGGCGUCCCCUUCCCCAAGAUCUCCUGGAGGAAGGACGGUCAGCUGCUGCCUGGGGAGGGGCCCGGCCUCGAGCAGGUGUCCGCCGUGGGGAGGCUGCUGUACCUGGGGCAGGCCCGUCGAGACCAGGAGGGGACCUACACCUGUGAGUGCAGCAACGUGGCCGGGAACAGCAGCCGGGACCUGCAGGUGGAGGUGCAAGUUCCCCCUCGGAUUGCUGCCCCCCAGGAGCUGCACGCGCAGGUCUCCGUGGUGCAGGACGGGGAGGCCACACUGGAAUGCAACGCCACCGGGAAACCCCCGCCCACAGUCACGUGGGAGCGGGCCGGCCAGCCCGUGGGGGCCGAACCUGGCCUGCAGCUUCGGAACCAGGGUCAGAGCCUGCACGUGGAGCGGGCGCAGGCCACCCACGCCGGACACUACACCUGCGUGGCUGAGAACACGGCCGGGAGGGCCGAGAGGAGGUUCACGCUCUCCGUGCUGGUGCCCCCAGAGCUCAUGGGAGACGCGGACCCUCUGAUCAACGUCACCACAGCCUUGCACAGUCCCUUGACGCUGCUCUGUGAAGCCGCGGGGGUCCCGCCCCCUGUGGUCCACUGGUUCCGAGAGGAGGAGCCCCUCAGCCCUGGGGGGGACACCUACCUGCUGGCAGGUGGCUGGAUGCUGAGGGUGGCUCAGGCCCAGGAGCGAGACGGAGGCCUCUACUCGUGCCUGGCCAGCAACGAGGCGGGCGAGGCGCGGAGGAACUUCAGCGUGGAGGUGCUGGUGCCUCCCAGUAUUGAGAACGAGGGCCAGGAGGAAGUGAUCAGGGUCCCCGAGGGACAGCCUGCCCACCUGGCGUGCAAUGCCACAGGCCUCCCCCAGCCCACAAUCACAUGGUUCAAAGACGGCCGGCCCCUGGCUAGUGGAGACGCCCAGCACAUCUCCCCAGAUGGAGCCCUCCUGCAGGUGCCCCAAGCCAACCUGUCCAGCGCCGGCCACUACUCCUGUGUUGCAGCCAAUGCUGUGGGGGAGAAGACCAGACACAUCCAGCUCAGUGUCCUGGUGGUUCCCACCAUCCUGGGAGUGACCGAGGACGGUAAAGAUGAGGAGGUGACCGUGACCGUCAACAACCCCAUCUCUCUGAUCUGCGAGGCGCUGGCCUUCCCUGCCCCCAACAUCACCUGGAUGAAGGACGGGGCCCCUUUCGAGGCCUCCAAGAACAUCCAGCUGCUCCCAGGGACCCAGGGCCUGCAGAUCCUCAAUGCCCAGAAGGAGCACGCCGGCCAGUACACCUGCGUGGUCACCAACGAGCUCGGGGAGGCCGUGAAGAACUACCACGUGGAGGUCCUCAUCCCCCCUUCCAUCUCCAAAGACGACCCCUUGGGGGACGUGGGCGUGAAGGAAGUGAAGACCAAGGUCAACAGCACCCUGACCCUGGAGUGCGAGUGCUGGGCCGUGCCCCCACCCACCAUCAGCUGGUACAAGGAUGGGCAGCCUGUGACCCCCAGCCAGCGGCUCCACCUCCUGGGAGAAGGGAGGCUGCUGCAGAUCCAGCCCACGCAGGUGUCCGACUCGGGGCGGUACCUGUGUGUGGCCACCAACGUGGCCGGCGAGGACGACCAGGACUUCAACGUGCUCAUCCAGGUGCCCCCCAUGUUCCAGAAGGUGGGUGACGAUGAAGUCCUGUCCCGGGAGCUGGAGGAGGUGGAGGCUCGGGGUGGGGUGACGGAGUAUCGGGAGAUCGUGGAGAACAACCCGGCCUACUUGUACUGCGACACCAACGCCGUCCCGCCCCCGGAGCUCACCUGGUACAAGGAGGACCAGCGCCUCUCGGCCACGGAGGGGGUGUCCUUGCUGCAAGGAGGCCGGGUGCUGCAGAUCCCCCUGGUACAGGCAGAGGAUGCUGGGAGGUACUCGUGCAAGGCCACCAAUGAGGUGGGCGAGGCCUGGCUGCACUACGAGCUGCUGGUGUUGACCCCACCUGUGAUCCUGGGCGACACGGAGGAGCUGUUGGAGGAGGUGACCAUCAAUGCCAGCAGCACCGUCAGCCUACGAUGCCCAGCCCUGGGCAACCCCAUGCCCUCCAUCUCGUGGCUCCAGAAUGGGCUGCCUUUCUCCCCGAGUCCACGGCUGCAGGUCCUGGAGGACGGGCAAGUCUUGCAGGUCUCCACGGCCGAGGUGGCUGACGCUGCCAGCUACAUGUGUGUGGCUGAGAACCAGGCCGGCUCCGCCGAGAAGCUGUUUACCCUCAGAGUCCAAGUCCCACCGCGAAUCACAGGCCAGCACUCGGGGCAGGUCACUGCCAUCCUCAACAGCAGCGUCUCCCUGCCCUGUGAGGCCCACGCUCACCCCAGCCCCGAGGUCACGUGGUACAAGGAUGGCCAGGCCCUCUCCCUGGGUGAGGAGCUCUUCCUCCUGCCUGGCACCCACACUCUGCAGCUGGCGCGGGCACAGCGGUCAGACUCCGGGACCUACGUGUGUGAAGCCCUCAAUGCUGCCGGCCGGGACCAGAGGCGGGUGCAGCUUAGCGUGCUGGUCCCUCCCACCCUCCGGCAGCCUCCCAGAGGUUCCCAGGAGACAGUCCCGGUGCGGGCCGGGGACAAGGCCGUCCUGAGCUGUGAGACAGACUCGCUCCCCGAGCCAACAGUGACCUGGUACAGAGACGGACAGCCCCUGGUGCUGGCACAGCGGACCCAGGCUCUGCAGGGUGGGCAGAGGCUGGAGAUCCUGGACUCCCAGGUGUCAGACAAAGGUGUGUACAGCUGCAGAGUCAGCAACGCCGCUGGGGAGGCCAUGAGGACCUUCAGCCUCACUGUCCAGGUGCCCCCAGCGUUUGAGAGCCCUGAGACGGAGAUGGUGAGCCAGGUGGCCGGGAGCCCGCUGGUGCUGGCCUGUGACGUGUCGGGGGUCCCUGCACCUACUGUUACGUGGCUGAAAGACAGAACACCCGUGGAGAGCAGCACGGCCCAUGGCGUCAUCUCCAGAGGCGGCCGCCUGCACCUGAGUCGCCUGCAGCCAGCCCAGGCGGGCACCUACACGUGUGUGGCUGAGAACGCCCAGGGCGAGGCCCGCAAGGACUUCGUGGUGGCCGUGCUGGAGGCCCCCCGGAUCCGGAGCUCGGGCGCCGCGCAGGAGCACAACGUCCUGCAGGACCAGGAGGUGCGGCUGGACUGCGAGGCCGAGGGGCAGCCGCCGCCCGCCGUGGCCUGGCUGAAGGACGGCGGCCCGCUGGACCGAGGCGUGGGUCCCCACCUCCGGUUCUACCUGGACGGCAGCUCCCUGGUGCUGAAGGGCCUGCGAGCCUCGGAUGCCGGCGCCUACACCUGUGUGGCCCACAACGCGGCCGGUGAAGACGCCAGGCUGCACACCGUCAACGUGCUGGUUCCUCCCACCAUCGAGCAGGCAGCCGACGGCAGGGAGAGCCUGGUGAGCAGGCUUGGGGAACUGGUGACCAUGGCCUGUCCCGUGCGGGGCUCCCCACCCAUCCACGUGAGCUGGCUCAAGGACGGCCUGCCCCUUCCACUGUCCCAGCGCACCCACCUGCACAGCUCCGGCCGCAGCCUCAGGAUCUCCCAGGUGCAGCUAGCAGAUUCUGGCGUCUUCACCUGUGUGGCCUCGAGCCCUGCUGGUGUGGCCGACAGGAACUUCACCUUGCAGGUGCAAGUGCCCCCCUUCCUGGAGCCUGCAGAGUUCCAGGAGGACGUGGUGGUGGUCCGCGGCUCCACGGUGGUCCUCCCGUGCGAGGCCCGGGGCAGCCCCCUGCCCCUGGUGUCGUGGGUGAAGGAUGGGGAGCCCUGGUUGGCCCAGAGCCUAGAACAGGGGCCGGGGCUGCAGCUGGAGGCCGUGGGAACUGAAGACUCGGGGACCUACUCCUGCGUGGCCGUGAGCGAGGCGGGCGAAGCCAGGCGGUAUUUCCAGCUAACCGUGAUGGAUCCCCCCCACAUCGAGGACUCGGGCCAGCCUGCAGAGCUACUGCUGACCCCCGGCACCCCCAUGGAGCUCCUGUGUGAUGCCCGGGGCUCCCCCCCACCCAACAUCACCUGGCAUAAGGACGGGCAGGCCCUAAGCGGGCUGGAGAACGGCGGCCGAGCUCCACGGGCGCUCCAGGUGCAGGCUGUGCAGGUGCGUGACUCUGGGCUGUACACCUGCCUGGCCGAGAACCCAGCAGGUGAAGUCGAGAAGAGCUUCCGGGUCAGGGUUCAAGGUCCCCCAAAUGUUGUUGGGCCCCAGGGUCUCCGCUCUGUGGUCGGCCUGGCCCCAGGGCAGCUGGUCCUAGAGUGCUCGGUGGAGGCUGAGCCAGCACCCGAGAUCCAGUGGCACCGAGACGGCAUCUUGCUGCAGGCGGACGCCCACACCCAGCUCCCCGAGCAGGGCAGGUUCCUCCAGCUGCAGGCCCUGAGCACCGCCGACAGCGGCAACUACAGCUGCACAGCCCGCAACGCGGCGGGCAGCACCAGUGUGGCCUUCCGCGUGGACAUCCACAUGGCGCCCACCAUCCAGCCGGGACCACCCAGUGUGAACACCUCGGUGAACCAGACGGCCCUGCUGCCCUGCCGGGUGGACGGUGCACCCCUGCCCCUCGUGACCUGGAGGAAGGACGGGGCCCCUCUGGAUCCUGGGAACCCCAGAUUGGAGCUGCUGCCCGAGGGUUCCCUGCGGAUCCAGCCAGUCCUCGCCCAGGACGCCGGCCACUACGUGUGUGUGGCAUCCAACUCCGCCGGCUCCGAUCGGCAGAGCCGCCACCUCCGCGUCUUCGCGCCGCCAGCCAUUAGCCCCAGCCCCUCCAAUGUGACCCUGACUGCCCACGUCCCGGCCUCGCUGCCCUGUGAGGCCAGCGGCUCCCCCAGGCCCCUGGUGGCCUGGUGGAAGGACGGACAGAAGCUCGACUUCCGCCCACAGCCGGGCGCCUACCGGCUCCUGCCAUCCGGUGCCCUGCUUCUCAUGGCCCCCGGGCCCCAGGACUCAGCCCAGUUUGAGUGUGUGGUGAGCAACGAGGUGGGCGAGGCCCGCAGGCUCUACCAGGUGACCGUCCUCGUACCUCCCACCAUCGCGGACGACCAGACGGACUUCACCGUGACCAGGAUGGCGCCUGUGGUCCUCACGUGCCACAGCACAGGUGUGCCAGCCCCGGAAGUUUCCUGGAGCAAGGCGGGCGCCCGGCUCGGGGUGCGGGGGAGCGGCUACCGUGUCUUGCCUUCAGGUGCCCUGGAGAUUGGGCAGGCCCUCCCCAUCCACUCCGGCCGCUACACCUGCACAGCCCGCAACUCUGCCGGCAUAGCCCACAAGCACGUGGUCCUCACUGUGCAAGCCUCCCCCGUGGUGAAGCCACUGCCCAGCGUGGUUCGGGCAGUCGAGGAAGAGGAAGUGUGGCUGUCCUGUGAGGCCUUGGGCAUCCCCCGGCCCACGGUCACCUGGCAGAAGGAGGGGCUCAGCGUCCCCGCAGCGUCGAGGACCCAGGUCCUCCCUAGCGGCCAGCUGCGGAUUCUCCGUGCCAGCCCGGAGGACGCCGGCAACUACUUUUGCAUCGCGCAGAACAGCGUGGGGAGUGCCAUGGGGAAGACACGGCUGGUGGUGCAAGUCCCGCCUGUGAUCGAGCCCACCCUCCCUGACCUGUCCACUGCCGAAGGCUCCCACGCCCUGUUGCCCUGCACGGCCAGGGGCAGUCCCCAGCCCGACAUCACCUGGGAAAAGGACGGUCAGCCUCUGUCUGGGAGCCGGGGGAAGUUCACCCUCCAACCUUCUGGGGAGCUGCUGGUCAAGAACUUGGAGGCCCAGGACGCUGGCACCUACACGUGCACUGCAGAGAACGCCGUGGGCCUGGCCCGCCGCCGCGUGCACCUCUCCAUCCUGGCGCUGCCCACAUUCACCACCCUGCCCGGGGACCGCAGCCUGCGCCUCGGGGACCGGCUGUGGCUCCGCUGUGCGGCCCGGGGCAGCCCGACCCCCCGCAUCGGCUGGACCCGCAACGACCGGCCAGUCACAGAGGGCGUGUCCGAGCAGGACGGGGGCAGCACGCUGCAGCGGGAAGCGGUCACCAGAGAGGACAGCGGGACCUACGUCUGCUGGGCUGAGAACAGCGUGGGCCGCGUGCAGACCGCCAGCUUUGUCCACGUGAAGGAGGCUCCCACCCUGCACGGGGAGGCCUUCUCCUACCUGGUGGAACCCGUGGGAGGCAGCAUCCGGCUGGACUGUGUGGUCCAUGGGGACCCAGCGCCCAACAUCCACUGGACCAAAGAUGGCCUCCCGCUGCGGGGCAGCCGCCUCCGGCGCCGGCUGCAGAAUGGCUCGCUGACCAUCCACAGGACCGAGAUGGACGACGCGGGGCAGUACCAGUGCGUGGCGGAGAACGAGGUGGGCGCCGUGAAGAGAGUGGUGAUCGUCCUGCUCCAGAGUGCCCCGGUGUUGGAGGUGGAGCCCCAGGACAUGACAGUGCGAUCAGGGGAUGAUGUGGCACUGCAGUGCCAGGCCACCGGGGAGCCGGCACCUACCAUCGAGUGGCUGCGGGCGGGCCGAACACUGAGGGCCAGCCGGCGACUGCGCACCCUGCCGGAUGGGAGCCUGUGGCUGAAACGCGUGGAGGCGGGGGACGCGGGGGUCUACGAAUGCAUCGCCCACAACCUGCUGGGCUCCGCCACGGCCCGGGCACUCCUGGUCGUGAGAGGGGAGCCCCGGGGCAGCCGGGGCAGCAUGAUCGGGGUGAUCAAUGGCCAGGAAUUUGGGGUGGCCACUCUCAACACCAGCGUGCACCAGGAGGCGGGUUCUGGGGUCACCACCAUCCAGAGCAGCAUCAGCCACAUCCCGACUAGAGUGGGGCCCCUGAUGCGGGUGCUCGUGGUCACCAUCGCCCCCAUCUACUGGGCCCUGAGUGGAGGGGGCGGGGAUGCCCUCAAUGGCCAGUCCCUGACGGGCGGCAGCUUCCUGCAGGAGUCACACGUGGAAUUCGCCACAGGAGAGCGGCUGACAAUGACCCAAGUGGCCCGGGGCCUGGACCCUGCCGGCCUCCUACUCCUGGACGUGGUCGUCAACGGUGUUGUCCCGGCAGACCUGGCCGACGCCGAGCUACAUAUGCAGGACUUCGAGGAGCGCUACGUGCAGACGGGGCCCGGCCGGCUGUCUGUGGGCUCCACGCAGCGCUUCCUCCACGGCGGCCUGCCGGCCUUGCUACACUGCAACCACAGCAUCCAGUACGACGCGGCCCGGGGCCCCCAGCCCCAGCUGGUGCAGCACCUGCGGGCCUCAGCUAUCAGCGCGGCCUUUGACCCUGAGGCCCAGGCCCUGCGCUUCCAGCUCACCACGGCCCUGCGAGCUGAGGACAAAGAUGCCGGCUGCCCGGAGGGCUUUGAGCUGGACCCCCAGGGAGCAUUCUGUGUAGAUCACUUCCCACCCAGAGGGCCCAGCCCCAGCCCCAGCCCCUGCCACCACACCUGCCACUCUGCACCAGGCCACUUCUCUCGGUCCUGCCCAGCCGGCUUUGCCCUGGCCUGGGACCACAGGAACUGGCGAGAGUUGGAUGAGUAUGGGUGGGAUGCCCACCUGUGCCCAGAGGGACAGUGCUGCCAGAACCCGCCCGGCUCCUACCGCCACCUGCCUGCCUGCAGGCCUGGCUUCUGGGCAGCUGUUGGCGGGGCCAGCUGUGAAGAUGUGGACGAGUGCCUGGAGCAGCUGGACGAGUGUCACUACAACCAGAUCUGUGAGAACACCCCUGGCGGCCACCACUGCAGCUGCCCCAGGGGCUACCGGUCCCAGGGCCCCGCCCUGCCCUGCCUAGAUAUCAACGAGUGCCUACAGCAGCCCGGGCCCUGCACCUACCAGUGCCACAACCUCCAGGGCGGCUUCCGCUGCCUGUGCCCCCCGGGCCAGGCCCUCCUCCGUGAUGGCAAGGCCUGCGCCCCCCUGGAGCAGAGCGGACCCAAUGUGACCACCGUUAGCCACCGGGGCUCCUUUGCGCCCUGGCCACGGCCCCGGGCCCCUAUCCCCAGCGGCUCCUACCAUGCCUGGGUUUCCCUCCGGCGGGGGCCAGGGCCCCUGAACAGCGUGGGCCGGGCCUGGUGUCCCCCUGGCUUCAUCAGGCAGAGCGGCGUGUGCACAGACCUGGACGAGUGCCGGGUGCGGAGCCUGUGCCAGCACGCCUGCCGCAACACUGAGGGCAGCUACCAGUGCCUGUGCCCCGCCGGCUACCGCCUCCUCCCCAGCGGGAAGAACUGCCAGGACAUCAACGAGUGUGAACAGGACGGCAUCGAGUGCGGGCCUGGCCAGAUGUGCUUCAACACCCGCGGCAGCUACCAGUGUGUGGACACGCCCUGCCCCCCCGCCUACCGCCAGGGCUCCAGCCCCGGGACCUGCUUCCGGCGCUGCUCGCGGGACUGCAGCGCGGGCGGCGCCUCCACGCUGCAGUACCGGCUGCUGCCGCUGCCCCUGGGCGUGCGCGCCCACCACGACGUGGCGCGCCUCGCCGCCUUCUCCGACGCCGGCGUCCCGGCCAACCGCACGGAGCUCAGCGUGCUCGAGCCGGACCCGAGCAGCCCCUUCGCGCUGCGCCCGCUCCGCGCCGGCCACGGCGCUGUCUACACCCGCCGCGCGCUCACCCGCGCCGGCCUCUACCGGCUCACCGUGCGCGCCACGGCACCGCGCCACCAAAGCGUCUUCGUCCUGCUCAUCGCCGUGUCGCCCUACCCCUACUGAGCCUGCAGCUCUGGGGCCAGUGACCCCCGCGGCCGGGGGCGGGCGGAGGGUGCCCUGCCCAUGCCACCUGCCGUGUCGGACAGGCCGUCCUCUCCUCCCGCCCGGUGCGUCAGCGACACCUUUCGCAAACACGACCCUGCGCGCGGCCUUGAGCCCAGGACAGCGAGGCCGCUGCAAGCCCCAGGAGGCUGGACAGGGACACCGGGCACCCGGACGUGGGGGUGGGGGUGGGGGUGGCGGUCACCUGGUCACACCU